AUGGCGCCUCUUCCCCAGCCCUCGGGUCGCUCAAAGUCCUCUCUGCCCUCGACUUCCCCCUCUUUGGCCCUCGUCGUUCUGACAAUCCUCCUAGCGACAACCGUGCCUAGUAGCUCCAACCGGCCUCGAGUCAACACUGCGCAGGCCCUGGAGCUACCAAUGGCCCGCGCUCUUGGUGGCCGUAAGGUGUUGCAGAACGACCCACAACCAGUUGUCCAAGACUACACUGCCUAUUGCACUCCGUCGAGGAGUACAGAUAUUUAUACAAGCUUUGACGAGGUCGCCACUCCGUUUGCCGAUCUUGGCGACUACCUUGCAGUAGUCUUCAUCGAUCUCUGCAACUCUGUUGUCUUCACAGUGGACGGAAAGCCUUUCAAAGUUCCGGCCACGAUAACUGGUACCGUGACUCAAUACCCUCUUUCUGACGGAAGACGGAUCCGCGUCACGAUUGACGGGUCCAACGUCUUUACCCUUCCGCAGGUUCUGACGAGUGACGGUAGCGAUGGGUACACUAUUAUGGGCUUGAAUCCGUUCCCUGGCGGCUUCGACGCGAAAGAUGUUACUAAUGCCGAGUUUCUCAAGGUGAUUUCGCUCGCCACCGUGCACUUCGACCUCAACUUUGAGCUUCACGACAACGGCACAGCUGGCGAUCCAUUCACCACCACACUUACGGAGGCAGUAGGCCCGCCGUUUGGCUUCGUCGACAACCCGCUCGUCAACUUCAUCGAACUCGACAUUUCCGUCACCGCAAGGGGUCCCCUCCGCCGCACCCCCCCUCCCUUCCCCUACAACGACUUCCCCGUCGGUAACCCCGCGACGAUUACCAUAACCGAGAAGCUAACCAAAGAACCUGUCCCCGACGGCACGGCUGUCAAAUCUUACAAGCUCGACAUUCUUCCCCCCGAUGACGGGUUCGUUCUCCAGAUCAUGCAGAAACUGGUUGACCCCACCAUUCUGUUAACAGCGGUGUUUCCCCCGGAUGUCCCGACGCCCGCUAAUGAAACCGCCCCCCCUAACCCCCCCACGGCCCUUAACCCCCUGACCUCCGCCGGAAGGGCCCCCGUGAACGGAACGUGUGGCCUGUACAGUGACGCGCCCAACCAGUGCUUCUCGGCGUCGGGGACCACCUCCGUCUGCUGCCGCGGCCAGUGCCUCAGCCCCCCUCCUGAACCGGCCGCUUGCACCGAGGGAUCCCCCGCGCCAACUUCGGCGACCACAGCCACCCCUACCCCGACCCCUUCGUCGCCGUCUACCACCACUGCGGCCCCUUCCCCGACCGCCACCCCAGCAUCGACCAAGGCCCCGUGCGACUAUUUGUCGGCCACGCCCAACCCGUGCUUCAACGUGAACGGCAGUGACUUCGUGUGCUGCCCACGGGGGUGCGCCCCUGGGGCCCCAGGAGCCGUGGCGACGUGUGCCGCUUAA